CAGGGCGGCCAGCCUGUGCCGCCACGUCCUGCGCCACUGCGCCGCGGCGCAGCCGGGCGCCGCCGGCGCCCUCGCAGGGCUCGCCUGCGGGCCAGCGGGCCACGCCGCGGCCGAGGCGCUGCGCGCCGCUUUCCUGCGCCAGCCGGACCCCGACGUGCUGGAGCACCUCGCCGAGGCCCUCGGCCACCUCCUGGACCUCGCCAGCGAGGCGCGGCCCGUGGUGCGGGAGCUCGCGGGCACGCUCCGAGGCCGCUUCCUGGAGCUGUCGCGGGGCCUCCUGCCCGACGCCGGCGGCGCCGCGCCGGCGGCCUCCGCGGCGGCGGAGGGCCAGCAGGCGCCGGUGCAGGACGCGCUGCUCUCCACGGCGACCCGGCUGCGGAUCCUGGCGAAGGCCUUCGACGUGUCCCUCUGCGACCUGAGCCACUUCGUCGCCUCCGCUCUGCGAGUGCUGGACGGCCGGGCGGAGGCGCUGGCCAAGGGCGAGCGCCCGGCCGCCGGUCCCCAGCUGGCGGUGACUCUCAUGGAGUUGGUGGUCCUGGUGCUUACCCGCCACGCCGCAGCGCUCUUGCAGCCGGACCCCCUCUUCCACUGCGUGGCCCACGACCCCAUCGAUGCGGACCAGCUGCGCCUGUGCCCCACGGCGGCCGAGGACCUCAGCACCGUGGUGGCCGCGCUGCUGAAGGCCGACCCGAACGUCUUGGUGCGCACGGCGGCGUUCACUGUUUCGCUUGUGCUGCUGACCGCCUGGUGGAACGCGGCGCACUUCGCGGGGGCCGUCGCGGGAGCCAUCGAGGCCCCGCCCAUGCUGCCCCUGUCGGGCGGCCUGGCGGCCGCGCUCUGCGGGCACCUGGGCGAGCUGCUGACGGAGGCCAGCGCCGUGCCGGCCGACUCCUGCAGCUUCGCGGGGCUGGCGGAGCCCGGCGACCCCUUGCGGCCCUCCGUCAUCUCGCAGCUGUUCACCGUGAUCCAGCGCGCGAGCGCCGCCUCGGCUGCUGGCGGGCCCCGCGGCGCCAACGGCGAGGUCGAGGGGUGGGUGUCGCAGCAGCUCUCCGAGCUGGAGAGCGCGCUGCCGAGGAGGAGCUGCGGCGCCAGGACCUGGAGGGGGCGGCCGCUCUGGCCUCCGAGUCGGAGCAGCGGAGCCGCCUCGAGGAGGAGCUGGAGGCGCGGGAGCACGCCGAGGCGCUGCGGGAGCAGCAGCGGGCGGUGGAGGCGUCGCGGACGUUCAUUCGCAACGACCUGCAGGACUUCCUCCAGAGGAACCCUGAUGGCACCUUCACGGCCUGGAUUGCCUCGCUGCACCCUGAGGCUCCCGCGGGCCACGCCCGUGCCGCAGACCGCGCGGCCCCCGUCCUCGACGCGCUCGCUCCGAAAGGGGCCGCGUCCAGCCUCACGCAGGAGGAACGUCACGCUCGACCCGCGCCUCCUGAACGACAACAAUCCCUGGCAAGCCGUGUGGGAUGAGGCCGCCGGCGGCGGCCGGCUGCGCCGCCUCCGCUGCUGCUGGAGACGGGGCGGCAGGGAGGCGCUGCUGGCGGACAGGCAGCUGCGGCGCCCUCCCGCGGGCUGGGGCGGUGCGGUGGACGUGACCCUGGGAGGAGUGUUCACGCUGGUCGCUGUCGUCAUCGUGGUAGUCUUCGAAGCGCUCCGCGGGCUGCUGCUGGGCAUCGCGCGGCUCCUCGAGCUAGGACCGAAGGCGGCAGCUCCCCAGCAAGCUGUGCUCCGCCGACCAGCCCUGCGCCGCGCUCGCGGCGGCGCCGGUGUGCCUGCUGUGGGCAGUGUGGCUGCCGCUGUGGCUCCUGUCCGUGAUCGUCCUGUGCGUCGGCGUGGUCGCCCUGGACGGCUCCUCGGUGGCGGCCGUGGCCGCGCUGGCCUGCGGCGUGGCGUCGCUGUCGCCCCGCCAGGCGGUGUGGACUCAUGGCUUGGUGCGACAUGUCGCGUUCGCGACGCAGGCCGCCGUGCGGCGCGGCCUCGUGCGGGCGGGCGUGCUGCAGGGGGGCCACGUCGCCCGCGCGGAGCUCCAGACGCUGGGCCAGGAGGACGCGAGCUCCCCCGAGGCCCGCUGGCGCUCGUUCGUCGCCGGCGCGCUCGCCACCGCCGGCGACGGGCGGCCGUGGCAGCCAGGGAGGAGAGGCGCGCCGCGGGCGGCGCCGCCGCGGGCGAGGGGCCGCGGGAAGGCGCGGGGGCGCCGAGGGCGCCGAGCGCCGAGGGCGCGGAGCUGGAGUAGCCGCGCACCGCCGGAGCCCCCCGCGCACUGCAUGCCCGACCUGAUCCCAGCAUUGCCCCUCAGUGGGAGUGGCAGCGGCACGCGCUCCAUGCGAAGUUCUCGGGCGCGCCCACGCCUGCGUCGGGGGGGGGGACAGGGGAUGUCGUGGGUGGGGAAUCCAGGAGAUAGUCCCAGCUCUGCUCUUGUACAGCCGACGUUUCGCGCUACAGUGUGCGACACAGGGAGACGCCGAGCCGUUUUUCAGAGUCAAAA